AUGUCCGCAGUCCACGACAUUCCUGCCAACGGCAAUGAUCUUGCUGGCUCAAUGGAGCAGCUGAAGGUUGACGACGGAGAGCCUAGACUCGGCCCUGAUGGCGAGCCUGCUCCCCGUACUGAAGAGGAGUACGCCGUUGCUCAGCUUACCCUCCGUGCCAUUGUCUCUUCCAAGGAGGCUGGUGUCAUCAUUGGCAAGGCGGGCAAGAACGUCGCUGAUCUCCGAGACGAGACUGGCGUCAAGGCCGGUGUCUCUAAGGUGGUCCAGGGUGUUCACGACCGGGUCCUUACCAUCACCGGAGAAAUCCAGGCUAUCUCCAAGGCGUAUGCUAUCGUGGCCCAAGCUCUUCUGGAGGGCGCCCCCGCUAUGGGCAUGGGAGGUGUUGUCCAGAACAACGGUACUCACCCCAUCAAGCUGCUCAUUUCCCACAACCAGAUGGGCACCAUCAUUGGCCGUCAGGGCCUGAAGAUCAAGCACAUCCAGGAUGUAUCUGGUGUCCGCAUGGUUGCUCAGAAAGAAAUGCUUCCUCAGUCCACUGAGCGGAUCGUCGAGGUCCAAGGCACUCCCGAGGGUAUCAAGGCUGCCGUUUGGGAGAUUUGCAAGUGUCUCGUCGACGACUGGCAGCGUGGUACCGGCACUGUUCUCUACAACCCCGUCGUCCGAACUCAGCCUGGCACCACCACUACUGCGGGUGGAAGUGGUAGCUACUCCUCCUCCGGCGGUGGUCGCUCCUCUGAAUACACCAGCCCUCGUGUCAUGAGAACCGGCAACGGCGCUGACUUCAGCAACGGUGCUACCCGCCCCUACGGCCGCCGCUCCGACUCCGACGCUGCUUCCCGUGGCCCCCCCACUCAUGACGAGAAUGGAGAGGAAAUUCAGACCCAGAACAUUUCCAUCCCUGCCGACAUGGUUGGCUGCAUCAUUGGCCGAGCUGGAAGCAAGAUCAGCGAGAUUCGCAAGACUUCUGGUGCCCGUAUCUCUAUCGCCAAGGCGCCCCACGAUGAGACCGGUGAGCGGAUGUUCACCAUCAUGGGCACGGCCAAGGCCAACGAGUCUGCUCUCUUCCUCCUGUACGAGAACCUCGAGGCGGAGAAGAUGAGACGCUCUCAGGCCCCUCCUUCCGAGUAA